AUGGCAGCUUGGGCAAUGCACUCCAAGAAAAGAAGUUCUCGAUUGGUCUUAACGCUAGACUUGAGCACCGAAGCAACAUUCAUUCGUAACAAUUUGAAGAGUAAAUACCUUCAUCCAUGGGGAACUUUUCCUGAUACACGAUUCGACCUUAUAGAUCCACUACCUGAACGCAAGUUUUAUUUGAAGAUGUACAGAGACGCCAUCAGUGAUUUUUGUUCAAAAAUCCCGUCUUCUGUUCCCAUCGGUCCGUCACCGAACUAUUUUGUGACAGAGACACAUAGAGAAACUGGCCUUGUUGAAGAAGAGUACGGAUACAGAUUUUACAUGGAGAAGAAGCCUAAACCGCCAACUACUGGUCACGCUUUAAUUAUGAUGAGUUUACGAAAAGGAUCGGUGGCACAUAAACUUCGUGGUUACUUUUUGAAGGUAUUCGGCAAAUUUCCAAAUGAAGAAGUGCGAACAGUCAUGAAGAGCUUGGAAAAGGAAAGAUUCAGACCUCAAAUACCUUUGGGAUUUUGUAAAGGUAUGGGAUCCAGACUUGCUGAAGAGUCGAAGAACGAUAUUGCACGUGAUUUUGGGAGCACCAAUGGUAUUGAUUUGGGGCAUGCUGUAAGUUUGAGUAUAUGGCGCAGGGACUACGAAAUGCCUAUGAAUAAAAGAUGGGGUCUUCCAGAACUGGUGGAUAGUGAGUGUCUAUAUUCGAGAGCUUUUAAAGAAACUGCAAAACAGCCUUCAUUUGUUUCCAUCGCUCCUGAAGAACCGUCUGUGAAAGAAGCACCUGAGGAAGUAGCGACGAGACCUGAAUCAUAG